AUGGUGAACGAGGAAUUUUAUUACAAUUUUAUUAUCCUAAACCCUAAUGAUCCAGAUUUUUAUGACUCCAAUUAUAUUAUUUAUUUUUACAAUUUUAUUACAAUUAAACUUUUACUCUUUUUAAAAAAGGAACAAGUGGAAUUUUUUCCACAUUUUCCCAGGCACCUGGCGCGCAGCCGCGUGGAUCGGUUCCGGCAGGUUUGGAUGGUGAACGAGGAGGAGGCCAAGGCGCUGAUCCGGGAGGUUCUGGACGCCGAUCGGAUCAUCCACGUGCAGCAGCUGGGAAUGCCGUGGGAAGAGCAGUUCUGGUUCAUGGACAACGUGGGACCCCUGGGAGACGUCCAGGAGAAGAGGGAGGCCAUGGAGCUGGCCACCAAGCUCCUGGAAGGGAACAAGCCUGGAAAAGCGGAGCAGGAAGGGAGGAAGAGUGGGAAGAAAGGAGCCCAGAGCGCCGAGGGAGGGAAGGAAAACCAGGAAAAGAGGGAUGACAGAAUCACAUCCCGACCGGGAAUUCCCAGCAAAACCCUCCGGAGAAUCCUGGAGGUCAUGAGCGAGGAAUCGACGUUCCUGCUGGAGAACAAACUCCUGAAGCCGCUGAGGGAGGUGGUGGGACCCAAGAAUGACGUCCAGCAGCUCCGAAACAUCUUUGAGGCCCUCCGCGUCGAGGACGAGGACGAGCUGCGCGCCCUCGUGGAUUUUUUCCUGGACUACGAAACCCACCACGCGCCCAGGAUCCCGGUCAGCCAGGCGGGAGAUGCGGCCGGGCGGAGCGGAUCUCGCUCCCAGCACGAUUCCCCCGCUCAGAUCCCGGCCAUCCAGGCGGAUCACGUCCUGACCAUCCUGAGGGAAUUCCUGCAGGAAUUUCCCAAGCUGAGGGACGAGGGACCCCCCAGGGAACUCCAGGACGUGCGGGACAAUUCCAAGGACGGGGAAUACUGGGAAGCCAUGACCCACAUCAUUCCCCAGCGGAAACUCAAACUCUGGGACGCGCUCGGAGCCGCGCUCGUGGAAUAUCACAAAGUGCUGACCCGGAGGUCCGAGCUGUUUUCCGAGGCCACGGCCCUGCAGCGGCAGAACACGGAGCUGGGAAUGCUGCUGGAGGAAUAUUUGGGAUCCGCACAAGGCGGGUGCCCCUGAGCUCGGCCUUGGAUUCCUGGGAUUAUUCCGGGAAUAUUCCGGACGUGGAUCCCACCGGGACGGAGCAAAACCCGGGAAUCGCCGGGGCCGGGUGUGGAUUUCCCUGGAUCUGAGCCAGGAAUUCCUGGCAGGGGUUAAUAAAUCGUUCCCAAAGCUG